AAAACAUGACAUUUUAUGACAAGGAUUAAAAACUCAAACACUAAAAAAAGAACUAGGCUAGUCACGCAUCAAAAACAUUUUUUAUCGAUCAGUCUGUUCAUAACGUCGCUCGAGUGCACAAUUAAACAUGAAAGAAAAAAUUGUAUCGAUAUUUUUAGUUUUACUGAAAUGUAUUUCGGUUUUUGGAACUAGCAGACCAAUCAUUGGGGUACUGGCACAAGAAUUCGGAGGAUUCAAAGCUGGAAGUUUUCUCACAGAUAAAGGAAGCACAUAUAUAGCAGCAUCCUACAUAAAAGCGGUAGAAUCCUCGGGAGCAAGAGUAGUUCCGAUAUUUGUCAAUCGUUCUCCACAAUACUACGAACGGAUACUCAACUCACUAAAUGGCGUUCUGGUACCUGGAGGAGCCACAAAAAUAGAACCAGGGCAUCCUUUCUACGAUGCCUUUACGACCAUAGUCAGAAUAUCAGAAAAGAUGAACCAAAGAGGAAUAUAUUUCCCAAUACUGUCAGUAUGUUGGGGAUUUGAAGCAAUGGUUACGUUAUACAAUGGCCAUAAAGAUUUACAAACACAUUGCAACGUUAUUCGUGAAAAUUAUCCGCUCAAAUUUGAACCUAAAUUCACCGAAAGUUUAUUAUUCUCUCGAAUUGAUCACCAAACAUAUAUCAAUUUGAAAUAUUUUCCUACAACAGUAAAUGCGCAUUACUGGUGCACAACUCAACGUAACUUUACACGGUCGCAUUUAGAUAAAACUUGGAAAAUUACAUCAACCAGUGUCAGUUCGAGAGGACUGAAGUUCAUAGCCACCAUUGAACACAAAAAGUAUCCUUUCAUUGCAGUUCAAUUUCAUCCAGAAAGAGCCAUAUUUGAAUGGGAUGAUACGUUAAACAUAGUCCACCACUCAGCUGCUGUGCAAGCAAAUAGGUAUUUCUACGAUGUACUAGUGAAGCUCUCUAAAUUAAAUAGUAAUAAAUUCAGGACUGAAAAGGAGGAAAGAGAUGCUCUCAUUUAUAACUACAAACCAGAGUGUCCGGACUCUAAACCAUCGGUUUUCACUCAAAUUUACGUCUUUGACUGAUUUAUCUAUAAUACUAUAAAGGAAAGUCCCCUUUUUUUGAAGUAGGUAAACUCGAAACUUGCCGAACCAAAAAUUCUGAAUUUGUAUACAUACGGACGCCUGUAAGCUGGAGAGUGUUUAUAGCAAAAAAAAAUUUGAAAAAGUUUAAAAGUACAAUUGUUAUAAAGCUUCAAAGUUGAAAAAAAUGACGACUUUUUUGGACUUUGCGGAGGUGAAACCAGUUUGCGGAGAGACGAGGUAAAAUUUCGUUGCAAAGCGAGUGUAUUACGUUGCAUUGAUGGUAGGUACUGGAAGUGGGGUGGUUCUAAGUGUAGUAGGAGUCUAUCAGGUUGUGAAAUACCGAUACGAGUAUGUAUCAUCUCCAUACAGCAGUUUGGAACAGUGUUGCCAGGUUUUUGAGAUGUUAAAACCCCAAUUUAUGACGGGACCGCAAUUUUUGGAAAGAGCGAGUUCUAAAACCCCCAAAUCCAAAUUUCGAGCUGCCCAAGUUAAUUUUUCGAAUGUUGGCAAAUUUUUGAAAAUUCAAAAUUUGUGACGCGGCCAGCGAUACCAUACCAUAUGUCGGAAAACUUUUUUUUAAGAUAAUCGCGUUUUCAUGGAAAAAGUCAGAAAAUAUCAAAAAAAAUUUUUUUGUGGAUUCAUAUACUAUGAAGCCUAUACUUUGGAAUGGGUGUACCCACCGAUCUCAAACACGUCGUUUUAGUGGUGAAAAACUGGUUUUACAAAAGUGCUUUUCAUAAAAAAAUGUCAAAAAAAAAAAAAAAAUAUUAUGAUGUAAAACCAUUAAAAGAUGAAGAAAAUCAAAAAAAAAAAAAAAAAAAAAAUUUAAAAAUGUUACAAAAGUAACCCAAACUUUCAAACACGUUUUUCUCAGAAUUUUGGUUUUUGAAUUUCAAAAAAUACGCAACUUUGAAAUUUUGAAAAUUUGUCAGAUUUUAAUAUUUUGAAAAUCUGUUUGCACCAUUGAAAAGAGGAAGAAAAACACUACCAGAAACCACAAUAAAACGAAAAAAAUUUUUGCCGACAUAUGGUAUGGUAUCGCUGGCCGCGUCACAUUUACUGUUUUUGGCGAUUUAUGCUUUUUCUUAAAAAGUAUGUACUUGACCAAUAAAAAUGGUCAAAAUAAGUCCCAAAACUAAUAUUAAUUCCCCAAAUCUAAAUUUCACCAUUUCCAGCCAUUCUGGAGCCUCCAGCGAUAUUUUUCAAUUUCUCCAGAAUUUUGAAUUUGCUCCAGAAAUCGUGAAUAUGAAAUUGGGCAGCUAAAAAUCGAGUUGUGCGUUAUACUCGAUCUGUUUAACGAGUUUAUCCACAUUUGAGUAGGUUUUGGGGCAGACACCUCAAGAGUGGUUUUUUGACCAGCUUUUUUCAAAUAGAAAAUCCAAAAAAAUCAAAAGUUUUCCAUUGGCGAGGAAAUUUUUGAAAUUUGCGCGAAUCGCUGAAUUUCGUCCACAACUAACCUCCCGAGACCGAAUUCCGCCAUUUCCACCAAUUUGGAGCCUCCAGCGCGAUUUUUAAAUUUCUCCAGAAUUUUGAAUUUGCUCCAGAAGCCAUGUUGAAGACUGCGGCACGUUAAACUGAAUAGGGAUCUAAACUCUGAACUUUGAAUACUCGAAAAUGGUGAUAGCUUCUAACUAUAAAUCAUCCAUCUGCGAUCUUUUACACGUAAAUGUAUCAAAAUCAUCAAAUUUCAAUUAAGAUUACUCAAAAUUAAAUUUAUAUUUUCCUUUAUUUAUUUUUUUUUUUUAUAUACUGAGAUCUGUAGCUUUGAUUGUUGGAAAGUUAUUCAGUUCAGGUUCAAAGUUGUAAAAACGCAAGGAGUAAUAAAAAUGAAAUUUUGAAUUGAAAUUUCUUGAAAUUUUCAGUGAGCACCUCAGCGUUUUACUAAAACAUUCUGCAUUUUAUCCUCUCUACUUGGGGAUACAACUUUGAACUUGAAUAACUUGAAUGAAAAAAACUGCAAAGCAACCCUCAUGCCUCAGUAAAUCAGUGCUACAAAAUCGGAUAAAAUAGAAUUCCGAAACAUCUGACUCACUGAAAAGUGGAAAUUUUUAAACUCAAUUCUAAAUUGAUUCAUACAAAACUCAUAAGCGUUACUUCAAAAAACAGCUGAAUACUUCGAUAGGAAAUUUUAUAUGAACUACUGAAGUGGGGAUGGUGAAAGGUUGAAAUAGCAGAUAGGUCAUUUUUUUGGAGUGGUAUAUUUUAUUCCUCAGGCAUAAAAUUUUACGUAAGUAAAUCCACUAAAUUUUGAAUACAAUUUUUAAAAAAAAUGAAAAAGAGCAGUGAACCCAAUGCACCAGAAAAAAGCAUCAUAUUAGACCAUCAAGAUUAUGACCGCAUUUUUCGAGAAGGUUGCGAUCUUAUGUGACCAUUUUUGACAUUUUGUACCUUAUGUGACUGUGAUUUGGGGGGCUUGGCCUGUGUUUGAAAAAUUCCACUAUCCAAAAAUCACUGAUAAUGAAAAUGAAAAAAAUAAAAUAAAAAGAGUACCUAAUUCAUUAAUAAGUUGAAAAUUACAGAAUUAAGGCAAUUUUUGGAGGGGCAUUACGGGCAUUAUCUACAUCAGGUGGAAUGUGAAAUAAGAUGAUUACCAAACAAUUUUUUAUUCAUUCAUAUGUAAAUAAACAAAAUCAGCUCUAGAUCUCUCCAAUAAAAAUUUCAAACUUCGAAGAAUGAAAAUGAAAAAAAGAAUUAAAAGCGGAUAAUUGACCAAUUUUAUUAUUUAUUAACAAUUUUUUGUUCAAAAAUUAUGUCUAUUCCGGGAUGAGUGCCGACUUUGGAAAAAGGGCCGGGGGAGUAAAAUUUUUGAUAUUUCACAAGUUUUUGAGCUCAAACUAACUAGAUGAUUCACAACGUGUCAAAUUUUGUAGGUAGGUUACAGUGAAUCUUCAAUUUUUCAGCCUGGAAACUGUUCUAAUAGUUCAGACGUUCAGAAAUAAAACUUGAGGAAUGAAGUACUUUCAGGAACUAUAGCUGACCCCAGAAGUGGAGAGGGUGAAAGGUUCAAAUUACAGAAAGGUCUUUUUUUGGAGGGGCAUUAGUGUCAUUAACCACAUUAGGUGAAAUAUGACGACAAUUACCAAACAAUUUUUUAUUUACUCAUAAAUGAAUUUUAAAAAAUGCAGCUCCAUCUUUCCACUCCACCCGUCCGAAGGACGGGUAUUUUCUGCUUGUUCUUAAUAAAAUGUACCUGCGUUGUAUAUUGUAUAAUGUAUAUUAUCUAAACCUACCUGACAUGUGUGUAAAUCUAGAUGAUUAUUUUUUUAAUAAAAUGUACCUGCAUUGUACAUAUAUUGUAUAAUGUAUAUUAUCUAAACCUACCUGACAUGUGUGUAAAUCUAGAUGAUUAUUUUUUAUGUACGUAAAUGUUGAUUUCAUUUUUUGUUGAAAAUCGUCUUUGAAGUCUCCAUAAUUCAUGGAUGCUUCGUAAAUCAAUAUUUUCAAAGUC